AGAUCGCUUGGGUUCGGUUCCUUGCGAACCCAACGUCUGGGUUCGCAAGGAACCCAAGCGUGCUGGGUUCGGUGCGAACCCAGGCAAGCAUGCUGGGUUCUUCGAUCUGCUGGGUUCUCGAUUUGCCAGUGAGCGAUCUUGGGGGUGUGUUGAUUCCUUCAAGAGUGAUCUGUAGAGAGGAUCUUUGGGGUUUAAGUGUAAAGGGGUGAGAUUUGAGAGAAACCCUUCUUCUUGCAAAGGAUUGAGUGGCUCCUUUAAGCCACCAUUGUUUUUGUUAGUGGAAAGUGUGGAGGAAAUCCUUGGUGAGUGAAGCUAAGGUAGAAGACUAGGCUUCAAGUGGUUGGACCGAACCUCUAUAAAAUCAUUGUGCAAGCUCUUCUUCUCAACUCUCUCUUUAAUUUUUGUUUGGUGGUUGCAAAGAGGUGAAAAUUCUUCAACUCCAAUUCACCCCUCCUCUUGGAGUGCAUUGAGUCAACAAUUGGUAUCAGAGCAAGGGCUCCAAUUUGAAGGUUUAACCACCUAGGAGUUGAUCGGGAAUGACUCAAUUUCUAUCUUCUUAACCACUUGAAGGUUUGUCUACCACUAAGCCUCCUUUCUUUGAUGGUACUAAUUAUAAUUAUUGGAAGAAUAGGAUGAAGGUCUUCAUGCUUGCAAAUGUGCCCAAGGCAUGGGUUGUGACUAUGAAAGGUCCAUAUGUACCUAUGAAAAUUGUUGGAGAAAGAGAGGUGCCAAAGGAAGAGAUUGAUUGGAAUGAUGAAGACUUGGAGAAGAUCAUGAUCAACAACAAAGCAAUUAGUAUGCUUCAAUGUGCUCUCAAUCCAACGGAAUAUCAUAGAGUCUCCGGGUGUGAUACGGCUAAGGAGAUGUGGGACAUGCUAGAAGUCACACAUGAAGGAACAAGCCAAGUAAAGGAGUCAAAAAUCAUUAAACUCAUUUACAUGUAUGAGCUUUUCAAGAUGAAACCGGAGGAGAGCAUUCAAGAUAUGUAUACAAGAUUGAAUGAUAUAAUCACCAAUCUCAAGGCUCUUGGUAAAGUCUAUCCUCCUCAAGAAGUGCUUGAAGAUCUCAUUGGAAAAUUGAUGACAUAUGAGACAGAAGUUCAAGUUGAUGGUGGAGUUGAAGUAGUGGAGAAGAAGAAGAAGGAUGUUGCAUUCAAGGCUACCAAACAAAAAGAAGAAAGUGAAGAUGAUGCUAGCAAUGAUGAGUCUAGCAAUGAAGAGAACAUCACCAAAUUGGUUUCAAAGGAAGUGAAGAAAUACAUGAAGAAGAGCCUCAAAGGGAAAUCCCCUAGAAGAAACAAGGAAAUUCACUAUUCUAGAGGAAGACAAUGUAGUGAUGAUGAUGAUGAUGAUAGAGGAAAGCCAAGUAAGAAGCACAUCAAAUGCUAUGAGUGCAACAAGACAGGGCAUUAUAAAAAUGAAUGCUCUCAAUUGAAGAAAAGUGAGAGGAAAGACAAGAAGAGCAUGAAGAAGAAAGCUUUUGUUGCCACUUGGAGUGAUGAUGAAACUAGCUCAACAGAAAGUGAAAGCUCCUUGGAGAAUGGUGUUGCAAAUCUUUGCUUCAUGGCUCAAGAAGAUAACUACAAUGAUGAGGAGGCCAGUAGAGUCGGCUCAUCCCUUUUCACAGCCGGUUCAACCAAAAACCCGAGAGUGUUCUUUCUCUACACCACAACCGGCUCUAGGUUCACAGCUGGCUCAACCCAAAAAAAUCGAGAAUCUUCUCUCUCUAGACCACAACCGGCUCUAGGUUCCCUAGCCUACUCAAACCGCAGGCGACCUGACUCGGACCAGCUUUACAGUCGGCUCUUUCUCUCUCUCAUGGCUUCAAGAAGGGGCAGAAGCAAGAGGAAACAGAUUGGGAGUUCCAGUGCCGAUGGCCAAGCCCAGGAAGAAGGUAACGUUGUUGAUAAUGCUCUGUUUGUGGAUGAUGAUGCCAUUAAUCGCUAUAAUUUUGUCAAAAACUUGGCUAUGCUACCAUGCAAUUGUGUGAAGUUUAGUCAAUUUCCUCAAGGAGAUAUGCUUGUUGAACAGAUAUUUAGAGAUAUUGGGAAGAGGUUGAACCUUGGAAGAUUCAUUUACCGGAACCUAAUCAAGAAUUAUUCGUCAAACAUGGGUCUUCCUCAUGGUGCUUUAAUUACUAGAUUGGUGAAGAGGAACAAUAUUGAUCUUACACACUUUAUGCUUGGAAAGGCUCAAAGUGGGACUACACUCAAUAAAGCUUCCUCUAAAAAGAUGCAAGUUGUGUUUCGAAGUGGUAGUUGGAUGAAGAAAGGGGAUCAAGCAAUGGAACAGCAAGAUGAUGAAGAAGAAGGUGGUAUAGAUCAAGAAAUGGCAAAACAAGGGGAAGAAAAACAUGCAGAUGACAACCCAAGACCCUUUCAAGCCUUCAUGCAGAGGACAAACCGUGAAACCAUGGAGCUAAUGAUAUUUGAAAUGUGACAGCUACACACCGACUUUUAUGGUUUCCGACAGAAAUGAGAGGAAGAAUGAAUAACGUGGAAGGAAAGCUUGAUCGGCUUGUUAACCAUUUUUUUCCUCCACCCCCACCUCAUGCCACCUAACUUGAUAUUUCUUUAGUUUGGCUAAUCUUUAAGAUGGACAUCUUAGGGUUAUGCAUUUUAUGUUUUAUUUGACUAUGGAUAUGUCUUGAACCUUUUUAUCUUGUUUUAUGAAUGGAAAUGGCAUCACGUGUGUUAUCAUGCUUUGUGAAUGGUUGUUGAUGAUUUUGAUGAUAAUAUGCUCUUAUUGAGGGGGAGUUUAUUGGUUGAUGACUAUAUUCAUGACUUUGGUUGUCUAUAUUGAUGAUGAUUGAUGAUUAUAUUCAUUACAUACUCUUGAUGCUUUAAAGGUUGAUAGCAUGAAUUAAAGGGGAGUUUAUUGC